AUGCAUCCGGAGCUAUAUGAGCUAUUUGAUUCCUCUAUAUCCACGUUCUACCAGCACGGUAUCUCAAGAGUUGGUGUGAAGAACAACGGUGCCACUCAAGGUGUCAAACAUUCUGGUGACAUGAGGGCAAUGGGAUGGUGUCCUGCUGCGGGUGUAGCUGCCGACGUUGGAAAAGAUGCCUGUCAAUAUUCUCUCAACUCUGCAACAUCCCAGUCUGAAGCCAGAAUUUGGUCAGAUGUUGAGAGAAACGGACUCCUGCUACCUCGUGCCAGAGAUUUUUGGGCUGAGAAGUUCUCUAAUCUCUCUAUGACCACCUUUUCAGCCAAUUCCAAAAUCACCACUGAUUCACGUGUCCCUUCUUUCGAGUCUCCUGCCUGGGAAAGCUCUGCAAAUAGUCAAGUUUGGGCUUCCAGCGUGACCAUCACACGGGACAAUUUCCACAACAAGCCCCACUGUGAUAGAGAUGCAACACCCUAUGCAUUUGGAAUGUUUGCCCAAGUCAACAGGCUGUUGGAGUCAAGUUUGACGACUGUAACAGUGUUGUGGAGAUGGUCUGGAAAACUCAGGUCAAGCAUUUCACACUCAAGUCCACCACCAAAUCCGCCGCAGGCACGGACAUCAUACCAUCAAGAGCCCCAUUACCCGGUUUGGCUCCUCAUGCCAAGUCUCUUCAAGGUUAGAGAGAAUGGGGCAGGCUUUGGAGCUGAAAAAGGAGGGCAUGCCCUGUGCGCAAUGGGAGGAGUACUUAAGCGCACACAUAAAGGGUUAUGA